AUGGAAUCCAUUAAGCAGCUGGAAAUUAAGGCCAUUAGGAAUAAGAAGAAGGUGAUGGGGAAGGAUGGCAAGGAAAAGAAUCAAGAUUAUCUUCCAUACACAUACCUAAUGAGCAAGUUUGUGGUUAUGUGGACCCAGUCACAUGAUGGUGGGAGACGUUUUGGGGCAAUGACAACCAAUAUAUCAAAGUGCUUCAAUGGUGUACUGAAAGGUGCACAGGGCCUUCCCAUUGCCGCGUUGGUUGAGUUCACUUGGAACAAACUUGUUCAAUAUUUCCACGACCGGCGCAAAGAAUACCGUUAUAAGUUGUUAGAGGGUAAGAAAUGGAGUGAAUAUGCCUUAUCCACGUGGGAUGGAAAUAAGCGUAAAUCUGAGAAACACUAUCUCAAGCCAUUUAGCAAUGAAGAGUUUAUAUUUCAAGUAGUUACCCAACUCAAUACGUGUAGCGCAAGAGGGGGAAACCAUAGUUAUGAAGUUCGGUUACAGGAAAGAACAUGCAAUUGUGGGAAAUGGCAAAACAUAGGGAUCCCGUGUUCACAUGCUAUUAGAGUAUAUGACUAUUUACAUAUUGAUUCGACCACAUAUAUUCACCCAUGUUAUGGUUUGAACAAAGCCCUUAACACUUAUGAGCAUGCAUUUGUGGUUCUUAAGUCACUGUCAUUGUGGAGGGAUCCCAUGGGGCCAAAGUGGUUGCCUAAUCCAGCAUUGUUGUAG